AUGGCGGCCCGCGUGUACCUGAACAUGGCCUAUGUGGUGCCCCGCGCCCUGCUCUGGAUCGUGCUGCUGGUGGCGGCGCUGGUGGACGGCAUCCGCCACCGCGCAGUGCACAGCAGAGGGUUCCAGCUGUACUGGGCGCUGGUGGGCUCCGCGGCGCUGUUUGUGGUGCAGGAGGUGGUGCUGGUGGUGCUGGCAGCGCAGAGCAGCGGGCAGAACGUGAACCACGCCACGCUGGGAGCCUACAUCUUCUUCGCUGACCUGGCGGUCUCCUACUGGAUGGGCAUCCUGCUGCUGGUGGCCGCGGGCUUCUGCAUCAGCCGCACCAGCCUGGGCCCCCACAAGCCCGUGGCGCUCUCCAUCCCCAUCAUCUACUUUGCCACCAGCCUGGUGGUGGACUACGUUCUUUACUGGAUACGCGGCUUCGACGCCUUCACAGACCAGGCCACCUACUACGACGACAUCCCCGAGGAGACUGCUGAGCAGGCGGGCGCCGCCACCGGCUUUGUCUUCCUCAUCUGCCUGCUGGCCAACACCAUGGCCAUGCUGCUGGCCUGGUUCUUCAUCUUCGACACCAUACAGAAGGAGAAGGACAUACUGGAGCAGGGCCACCCAGACGUGUCGGCGCUGCCCCAGCCCGGCGCCCCCAGCCUGCCCGCGUCGGCGCCUGGCGGGCGCGAGGACCCCGGGGUGGGCCACCCGCUGGGCGGCGGCAACGCGGUGCUGCUGGACGACGCGGGCGGCAACGCCAGCCACCUCUAUGUCGACGUCGUGGAGGCGGACCUGGAUGCGCCCAAGACCUUCCAGGACAAAGUGGACGACAGGGAGAAGCUGCGCCUCAUCCGCCGCUUCUUCUACGGAGUCUGCUUCUACCUCAUCUCCACCAUCCUCGUCAUCUUCCUGCCCCUGUUUGUGCCCACCGUGGUGGACCGCACCAUCCUGGCGCUGCAGAGCCUGGUGCUGUGGGUGUUCCUGGGGGUGCUCCUGUGGACCUUCCGUAUGCGCCAGGGCAGCCCCUACCUCAUGAUGGACGAGGCGGCGGCGGAUGCGGAGACAGGGGGCCUGGUGGAGGGCCCCACCACAGAGCUGGGCGUGCUGUCGCGGGACGACGGCGACGACAGCGGCGGCGGCGGCGGCGGCGGCGGCGGCGGCCAGCGCAGCCGCCUGCGCCUGGAUGCUGCUCGCUUCACUCUCGACGAGGAGGAGGAGGGCGGCGGCGGCGGCGGCGGCAGCGGCGGCGGCGGCCUGGCCCGGCCCCAGCCCUCCAUCAACGUGCACGCGGCGGAGCAGGGGGUGGUGGUGGAGGCGCUGCCCACGCCGCAGACGCCCGCGCCCAUCGCCCUGUCGCCGCCGCCGCGGUGA